AUGCAAGUUCUUACGAUGCUCUUGAGCAUUAUGCUCGUCGCACUUACCACUCCUAUGGUUCAUGCGGGUCUCUUCGUUGCUGACGAGCUCCCACCUGGAUACACAUGGGGUACCAUGGGUUUCCAUGGUGAGAUUGAUGGUCACGAGAUCACCUACGAUGGUACUAUUGAGGAGGUCCUUGCUCACGCCGAAACUCUCUAUCCCGGUAUCACCAAGUCUCUUGCUGCCCGUGACGACGUUCCACUCCUCGAUACUUUUGCUCUUGCCUCUCCCGGUGUUGUUGCUCGCGAUACCCAGUUGAUCAUUGGUAGUCCAGCUGAUGGCAAGGGCAUGAGAUACUGUGGAGGAAAGAAGACUCCGAACGAGUCCACCCCUGCCUGUCCUCUGUGCGACAAGUGGGAUUAUUGCCAGACGCGUAGAAUCCAGGAAGGCAUCAACUACUUGAACAAGGUCACUGCAGCCUGCACCGCCAGUGCUCACCAGUGCGUCCGUAUCAGCUGUUCUUGGCACGCCGGUAUUACCUUGUGUAACGAUCAAGAAGAUCGUUUAUCAGCACCUUGCAAUUGGAUUUCAACCUUCGCCCAAGACAUUGUGAAUGACACCGAAAACUGUGAAAGCCCUACUCCUCACUUAACUUGGCCCCAUGUGAAGGGACAGCAAUGGGCUGGUAACAAGGCAUACAAUGUCGUCGUUGCUUGGUCCAACUGUUAA